AUGGCCUCUAAGGCAAUGAAGAAGAAAGAAUCCAAAGAGAGAGUUGCCUCUGCUGCCAGAACCAUUCCAGAGUAAGGAAAUUUAUUUCUGUUUUGACUCGAUGCCCCGGCAAACUUUGCGUUGAAAAUGACAUAACCUACAAACUUGAUCCAUGCGGACAUCUUGGACAAUUCUCGACCUAGAUUGUUAAUAUGUAUUUAACAUAGAAGUCUAAGUUAUAUAGAAGUAUAACUAUGGAUAAGUUUUUCAUUACAUCAAGAGUUUAGGUAGCUUGGAGCAUUUGUAGAUAGUUGAAACAGGUUUGGUGUAAGUUAGUCAGAGACUGUAAUAUUUUCGGUCCAUCUCAUCAAGACACACACAACCUGAUUAUUUCAAAGAGUUUUCGGUCGAAUGUUGUUAUUUAUUUUCAGCCUUUACUUUCACUGCAAUUUGAAAUAAUAUUUUACCAAAGGUAUAUCGCCUUUUCCCUUUGAAAACAAAGAAAUCAAGUCAAUUUGUGAGAGUCUCACCGGGAUUUCACGCAUAAAUAAUGAGCUCCUACACAGCUUUACUUUGAGCUUACAAUCGUUGGUCCAUGACAAAAAACAACGUUAGAAAUGCGAGUAUGUUCUUAACUGCAUUUCAUCUUGUUUCCUGAAUGCAAUAUUGAGGCAGAUAACGUUUUGUGACGUUCAGCACUAAUUAUAGGUUGUGCCUUGGAGGUAUUAGGUUCCUUGUGGUAAAACUCUCCGGGAUGGUUUCCAUGAGAACAAUAGUGAAAUGAAAUAAGACAAAAAGACCAUCGUAUUGCGCGCGAUCGUAACACAAUUUGGCACGUUAACAAAUAAGUGCUGUCAACCAAAGGCAACGAUAUAUUAAGCUUGCAAACAAGCUCGUCUGUUGUUGUGAUAGCAAUAAGUUGAAUGUGAGGUCACUGGUUCCCCUUCUAAAUUUCGCGAAAGAUGAGUUCACGAGGAUCUCAGUGGAAGGAUUUGAGACUCGCCACGGUAUCCUCCGCCAAAUUUAGGCAAGUUGAAGAAAUUUUCUCUUUUCUACCAUUUUAAUCCACCCAGGAACAGAUGCAACACCUGCUUGAGUUAGCUGGAUUCAUCUCUUCGCGCAGUUUAUCAUAAAUAUUCACAUGAGGUGUUGAAUCUGUUACGGCUAUCCAAGAAUGGGAUCUGGUCUUUGGAGUCGAUCAACCGAUUGUCUUUCUCAAUACUUAAUCUUUUACGAUAGAUAGAAUGAGCUGCACGAAUCAAUUAAAUUGUGAAUUCGACUGGCGGUUUUUACUUCGUGAAUACAAAGGACCACAUUACCUUCAAUCAUUUUUAACUUACCGGGGAUAGCGAUGUUUAACUUUUAGAACUCUGCGAAUCUCAGGGACAAAAGCAAUAAUUGUACGUUUCUUUUGAUCCAGUUGUUUUUUUAUACCUCUGUAUGUAUUUCAGAGCCUUUACAGCUUGUCUCUUUUAAUAUGUGUGUUCAUUUUCGACAUUAACUCGUUUAUUGCCACAUGGCUGUAAUAAUAUUUGGUUUGACAUAAUUUCAAUUUGCUGUCAAAAUUGGCAUAUUUAUUUUUGCUACCAGUAACAAAGGCUGGAUAUCUCAUGCAAAAGCCCUUUUAGAAUAUCAUUGUUUACUUUUGAAGCCUUGGCACAAUACAAACAAACACACUUCAUUUACAUACAUAGGUGAUUAGAGUGAAUUAUUAAAAGCAGAUCUGCAUAAUUUUUCCUAAUGUCAAAAUUUUCUAAUCAUUCAUUCAGAAUGACUUAGGGAAAAAUGAUUAACUUUUUAACAUAAAGAGCCUUUAAAGCUGUACACAUCUCUCUCUAAUUUUCCAUUGUUUAGUUUGUAAAAACCUUACACCAUGUUGCAGUUUCUCUGGAUGUAGUUACUGUUGAUGUUUGAGAAGCCUUGCAAACAUAAUCCUGAGCAUUAAUUCAGUAUUAUUUCAAGUUAUUUCAAUUCCCACAUGAUUUUGCAUUGUUUUCUAAGCCUAUAAUUUCCUUUUUCAAAUUAUUUCAUAAUUGAGUUAGACCAACAGAGAGUUAUUGUACUUUUAUACACAGAGAAAUUAAUAAUCCUUUUCAGUGAUGUUGUUAAUUAAUUUAAGGUGAAGUGAACUUCUUGUACAUUGAAAUUUGGGUUAGUUUAUCAGCACAAUCGCCAUGUAUGGCUUGAACAUGUAUACCUGCAUGCAUGCCUUGUUAUGUACAAUGUGUUAGGAGAUUUUUUUUCAUAAUGUAACUGAUGCUCAGUAUUGAUACCAUAAAAAUUUAUGUAUACAUUAUUGCCAUAAUUGAACAGAGAGAUGGAAUUUCUGUACAGAGCAAUGGAUUUUCUGUACUCUACAGUUCUUGUUAGAUGCUCUAAGAAUUAAGAACUUCUUAUCUGGCCUCUGGUAUAAUUACUCAGAUAAUUAUAAAUUCAUAUGCUCUGAUUGGUUGAGGAUUGCAUCAUACCUUGCCAUAAUUACUUUGUGUGAAGUGACUAUAACAGGGGCACUGAAUUUCACAACGGCUGCCUCCUAUUUAACUUGUCAAUGUUUCAGAGGAAGUGAUAAAUGCAAUAGCAGAAAAUUCAAUUUUGAAGAGCACAAAAAAUACCAUUAAGUUUGGGGUAACACAAUUUUUUUGCUGCUGUAUUUAGUUAUAAUAAAUGAACUUACCUAAUUCUAGAAACAGGCAUGAUACAAGUAAUCAAAACAGUUAUAGCAAAAUAUGUGCAAAGCUUUCUUUAUUUACAGAAUGGUUUCAGUCCCGAAAUGAAUUUAAACAGAAUUUGAAAGCACCUGAGCAAUUAUACUGUACAUUUAAUUAUUUGCCAAAGGCAAAGAUAAUGGUGUGGAAUAAUCUCUUUGACUUCAUCUAGGGGAUUACUCACUUUGCCUUUGGUGAAUAAUUGUUACACAAGGCUGGUUAAUCUUGACAUUAUCUGAUUACAAGGUUUCUCAAUUAGUUUCAUCAUGCAGUGAAUUAUAAGAUGUUGGAAUCCCUCUUCAGCUUGUUUUUGAAAUGCAAUUUGUGAAUCUCAACAUACUAACCUUACCAAAAGCCAAAAAGUGGUAGAUCUUGAGAGUAGAUCCUCAAUUGUUCUUCAUAGUAACUAAUCUGUUUUACAUCAAGUUUUGAAGCCAUCAUAUGUAAAUUUGCCUUUUGUCAACAAUUUUUCAUUUGAUUUUGGAAUAGUUGGGUUGCUAAGACACCUUAUUGAGAGGUCUAUAGUCAGACAAUAUUUUUAUUUGCAAUUUGUUGAGUCUGACUGUCCCUAAGUUCUACUGUAACAAACAAGAACUGUUGUUUGAUACAGUGAAAGAAGUUUUUGUGGGCAAGAUGAGUCAUUUGCUUAAUCCUGGGAGCACUAAAUUACGAAGGUGUAACAGCAUUGCUUCUUUGGUAUCGUAGGGUUAAAAUAUAUUUAUUUUUAUAUGUACAUGUAUGUACAAUCAUGUAGUUGUAUGUAUUGGCAAGACAAGAUUUGGUACUUACCAUCCAUGUAAUUCUUUCUAACAACUUACUGGAUUACUAUACAUUGUAGCUUGUUGGAUACUUUUAUCUAAGACAUGCACAUAAUUCAAACAACUUGAACAAUGGGAAUUUAAGAAAUGAGAGUCUUGAAUAAUACUGUCACAAAUUACAUUGUCCUCCACAGUGCUAGAAUUGGUUAUUAACAAAACUGUAUGAGGCACGGUUACUUUGUCCUUUCAUGUUUGAUUAAUUUUUAUAAUAGCAGAUUUUCUUACAAUGUGAUGUGUAUUAUUUUUUCUAUAGGCAAUCAGUGGCACCUAGUGUGGUAGGAUCACUGAAUGAAAAAGAUGAAAAAAGCAAAAAGACCAAAGCGCCCAUUGUCAUCUGGCCUGAGUGGACAGAACAAGAUAUUGGUCAGGAAAAAUGGGUACUUGAAAAAUGACCGUACUUACAAGACAUCUGAAUAACAUCUGUGCUAAAUCUACAGUCUAAUGUGCUUUACAAAUGAAGAAAAAAUUGCAAAGACAGUGUAGCGUAAUGUUGUAAACUUGUAGGACUUUAAGGGUGAUCUGUGGCAAUUCAGUUAUGAUAUUAACUUUAGAGUACUUUUGCAUUAUUAUUUUGAAGUCUUUUACCUUAUUCAUUUAGAUAUCAAUUCUGUAGAUUGAAAAACCAACCAGAUUUUAUCGAACAUAAUUCAAUCAUCACUUACUGCCCACACAAUCCAUUAGAACUGACUACAAUCUCACCCUGUAUAAUAUUGAAAUGUAAGGCUGAUACUACCAGUAGAGCUACUGGGUUAAUGUAAAUCAAAUCACCCUUAUUUUUUUUGCUUUAUUAUUUUUCAGGAUACAUCACACAAACCAAAAGAAAAAGAAAAGGGAAAAAGUCCAAAUCUAGUAAGGAAAUUAUUUUAGUUUUAACACAAAACAUUUCACCUGUCUUUAAGAUAAGUAUAUAUUAACUAGAGAAUUAUACAUCACUUUAGUGCAUUCAAAGGUUUAUAUUCCACUAACAACUACUACCUAAAUGCCUUUCACAGCAUCCUUACGAGGAUCCUGAAGGAAGGAUAGAUUUACCAUCUUCAAUCAAGUCUUAUGUGGAUCACUGGAAGAAACCUGUUGAGUUUAUGUUGGAAAAGGUACACAUGAGUCAUUCAGUUUAUUUCUAAUGAUUCUGUCAAUAAGCCACUUAAGCUAUUCCUUAUAUAUUCCUUAGAAAAAAAGGGUGUGGCUGGUACUUGAUGAAAUGUUUCUUAUCUCUUAAUUUUUGGAGCUUGAGUUGAACCAAUGCUAUGUGUUGACUUCUCCACAAUUGAUAUACAGGGUGUACUUUAUAGAUUUUUGUGCAAAAACAGUCAAGCCAUGUUGUGUUGGCCUAAAUGUAGUCUAGUAUGGUGUCUUUCUAUGAUUUCUUGGUCUUGGCAUGUAUCUUUUGAAGUCAUUUCAAUUGCUGAAAAUUCUCAUGCAGAUUAUGCUUUUGAAUUAUAAUAUUUUAACACCUUCAAGAACUGAAGUAAAACACUGUCAAUAAAAUGUUUCCUUUAUUUACCACUUCAGUCACCAGUUGUUGUUGAUCCAAAAAGUCUGGCAGAGGAGAUAGAUUUGCUUUCAGUGAAUGAUCAUUUGACCAACAGUGAGGUAUGAUACCAAUCCUUGUUUACUUUUCAGUGGAACUGUGACUGAUGCACCUACAUGUAACUAAUGGUACAUACUUAUUACACUGUACUUGCCAGAAAAAUAAAUACAGUAGUUGGGCCCUGGUGAUUCAUACCCCUUAUUCAAUAAGAAAUGUUUGUUUCUUGGUGUUAAAAAAUUUCCUCCACCCUCUUGACCCUCCUUGAAAUAAACCUUGGAUUUAUUAGAGUUCCUUUACUUGUUUUGGUUCAUGGGCUUCUUGAACCUUGGCCCUUUUCAAUUUCUGUGGCUCGUCAUAUUCUUGGCGUGGAUAUUCUCCCAGUCUAUGAUUAUCAUACAGGUAUUUACAGGUAAAUGUAUCAAAUAAAUGUAAUAUACACUCUAGAAGAGUGAGAUCAUUUAUUGUCAGUAGUAGAUGAUUCUGACACAGACUGUGUUUUUGCAGCUGCUUCGAUGUAUCAUAGGUCAGGUGAUGUGCUUAUGGAAACUUCACUUUAAAGUAGACCCAAUAGAGACUGUCAAAGGUGCUAAAGAUACCAAGGAGAGCAACAAAGCUGAUAAAGAGAGGGACAAGGAGAAGGAUAAAGACAGAGGAGAGAAAGACAAAGAUGCUCUGUUAGAAGACAACACAUGGAAACCAUGGAAUCACAUUUGGCCAAAAGAGAAAACUAAAGGCAGUCCUCUUCCUGUUUAUAACCCUGGAGGGAAGUACUGUGUUAGAAUAUUCUGGAUGGUGAGUUAACACUUCUGUCAUAUUGAAUUUUAUUUCAUGAAGGUGGCUCUUCACUUAUCCAAAGCAAGAUAAAGCAUUUAUGGUUGUGUGUUCUGAUAGGAUACUGCACUUGAGUAACUCUGGAAGAUAUUCCUCUCACACAGGUGUAUGUAAGCGCAAUUGCUUGCUUUGUUCCUGCCAUUGCAAAAUUCUUUGUUGUGAGGAUUUGUUCAUUUGAUAUUUAAAUGUUUUAUUGACCAAAUUUAUCCUGUGAGGAUACAUUUAGCUUAAGUUGGCUACACUCUUUUUUUUUUUUUUUGCCCCUGUAUGAUUUAAACUGAGAUAAAGUUGCAGUCCAUAAACAAACAGUAAAAAAAUGGGAAUGCAUGUUGUGAAGCAUUAAUCAUGUAGACCUUGCAAGAGCUGUUAUAAUUCUUUUUUCUCAUUGGUCACUAUCUUCUUGCCCUUUUGAUUGUGUAAUUAUAUUUCAUUUUCUUUUAAAAGAACAUUUAAGUGACUAUUGGAAUGUGAUGGGUUUUUUAGGGUACUUGGCGGAAAGUAACAGUUGAUGACUGGAUGCCCUUUGAUGAGGAUGGCAAACUUAUGUUACCUGCUUCACCUAAUGAGCAUGAAUUAUGGCCCAUGUUACUGUCAAAAGCUCUCAUUAAAGUGGCUUCAUUAGAGUAAGCAUGAUUUCUCUUUUAAUAGUUUGGUGCUCCUACAAUGUAACUCAAGUUUUUCCAAAGUCACUUUUAGGUGACUUGAAAUGAUGAAAUAGGGUUGUUACUGUAGGAGGAAGAUUGUAGUCAUCAAAAAAACACUUUGUGCCAUAAAACAUUACCUUAAUUGAAUCCCUCGUGACACUAUACCAAUUUUUGAAUAUAGGCAGUAUGGCCAGCAAUCCUUUUUUAAGAUUUUUGAGACACUCUUAAGCACAGUAUUUGCACAACUAAGGAGGAAGCAAUAUUCUACAAAAGACAAUGACAAGACAUAAUAAGUGUUCUUGGCAAAAGCCUAUCCAACUGUAACCAUAUACUGUAAACAUUGUGAAGGAAAACAUUAUCUCUUGUUACAUGUCUGACCACCCAACACAGGUUGCCAAAGUGGCAAAUUUUGCUGCAAAUUUAAUAACCAAAAUAUAUCUUUUUCCAUGGUGACCUAAACGGUUGCAGCUUGCAUGAAGCAUGGAAGUUACAUGAAUUGUGUACAAUUAAGAAGCAAUUGAAAAUCAAGAAAUUUAAACAAUUUAAACCACUCUCUAAGCAAUGCUUUUAAAUGAAGUUCAAAUUCCUAAGUAUGUCUUUUUUUUUGUUUUCUCUUUAGUUAUGCUGGUGGUUAUAAUGCGUGUGAGUUUGGUGACUUCACUGUGGUUCAUGCCCUCACAGGGUGGAUGCCAGAGAUUAUUCCACUGAGGUAACAAGCUUUUCCGCUCUUGCUACAUGUGUGUGCUGUGAGCAAAUGCAUUUUCAUGCUCUAUCAAUUCAGAGCUGUGAGCCUAGACUUAAUGCAGCUUUGGGUAUGCUUGUUAAUAGGGGACGCCUUGAAGUGAGAGAUUAAAAGAUAAGUUCUGUUAAUCUCAUCAAUAUUGUUUCAGCAAGAAAGAAAACUGAGAUACUAAGCAUGGAUGUAGGCUGGUGUGCAUGAGCAACAUUGCAAAAUGUCUUUGGUUUUUGUGUCCCCAAGGUGUGGUCAUACUGGUGAAAUCUGGAAACUGCUACUCCAAACAUUGCCUCGCUGGAAACUUGAGAACACUCCACCACCAGAGGAAAAGAAACAACAUGCCACAGAAUGCAGAAAAAAGGACGACAGAGACAAGGAAAGAAAAUCCACAAAGUCUGAGAAAAGUCAAGUCCCUGAGAAAGUUGAGAGAGAAAAAGAAAAGAAAGAGAAAGAGAAGGACAAAGGUUUGCUGACUUUUAGUAACUUUGAUAGAUAUACUCUGUACAUGCUAAUAAAUAUUUGGCAUCUCAAAAGUCUAUUGAAAAGACUAAAUUAUGUCACUGAGAAAAUUUCACAUCACCAUUAACCCUUUAACUCCCAGAUCAAAUUUGAAAUUCUCCUUUCUGUCAGCCAUAUUAUUCUUAGCAUGUUAGUUCAGAGAAUUUAGUAUUGAAUCAACUAAUUAUCUCCAAAUUGAUAUUUUUCUUAAUUCUCAUCACUUACCUGGUUGAUAUUGUAUUGAUAUUGUAAGGAGAAAUUCUGUCUUGGUCACUCAUGGGAGUUAAAGGGUUAAAGGAGCAUGAGUUUUUACAGUUUCUUUUGUGAUUGGAUGAAACUGAUGUUAUGCUGUGGUACCCAAUUGAUUGUAUAGUUGGCAAUAUUCAUUUUUUCAUCAAUUGAAAGGAAAAUGAAAAUAGUUUGUAUAAAUGUCAUGAAUUUGGGAGAGAGAGUGGACUUCUUCUUCACAGCAUGCUAGGGAGUCAUUCUCCAUUUUUUGAUUUUGUGUUACACCUUUCUUCACAGACAUGAAAACUUUUUUUUAUUAAAAUCGACAAAUUCAAUUAAUUCAACUCAACAGUGAAAUUUUUUGUUGAAUCCACAUGUAAAUUAAUCACUUCCAAGGCGGCCACCAGCAAGCUAAUAUUCUGCCAUUGAAUUGAUGGAUCACUAUAUUAUCUUGUUCCAGCCACUCCAGCUGCAAAUCUUGUUGACGUACCAAAGGAGCCAGAGUUUGUGAUUUUUGCCAGUUAUUCCCAUCCACCCAAUAUGCCAAUGAGACAUUCUGUUCUUAAAGAAAUGGUAAGUACGUGGCGGUCUGCUGCAUAGGAACAUACCAUUCAUUUUUGUCAGUAACUUUAUUUAAACACUAAACUUACUUAUAUUGGCAACGCAAGUCGUAUUUCUGUUACUCGCUUCCAAAUAUUCAAUAAUUUUCUGUGACAUGCUUAUUAUGAUCACUCACAGCACACCAUAUGUACUUGUUAGGUUUGUUUGUUUGCAGCUUAAUCAAUCACUCCAGUAAGGGUGGUAGAGAACUUUUUGAGGUGCAUCGGUACAUGUACCCCACAACAAAAUGUUACCAACCCUGAGAUGAAAUCAGAAACGUUCAUUAGUCAAGAAUGGUAAUUUAUGACCCAUCUUGAGAGGACUUUUAGAUUAUUUCUCCUCUCUGUUUCCAGCGGAUCUUUUGGUCUUUUUGCUGGUAGUAAUCAAAUUUAGAGAUUGUUUGCUCUUAUGUACACCACACUUAAAAUUUGUACGUUGAAAAAAAAUUCCUUGAGAGCAAGGUUGAGUGUUUGCCUUUAUUAACAGAAAAUUUUGUUGUCCUCUCUUAAGGCUGAUGCAUCUGAGAAACUGCGACAGUCUGGUUUGUCACAUAACCACCCACACCCUGUCUUGUUGACGACAGUGAGGGACUGCCCCUUGGUUCCUCCUCCGCCUCCAGUUCAGAUCCCUCGAUGGAAGCUUAUUCGGCAGAAGAAGAAGAAGCAGCCCGUGGAGCCAGCGCUGACUCCACCAGAACCUCCCAAGGAUCCACAGUUCUUAGAAGUUGUAUCUCCCUUUCUUAAUCACAAAGUCAGCCCCAUACCUGUCAGCAGAGCAAAGUAUGUAGGAAUCAGAUUUAUCUUGUUCAGCUCUCUUUGUACUUUUUAAGUGAAUGGGAAGACUGAACGGGAAAAUGUUUGGCUCCAGGUCAUGACGUACGGGCUGAGCGCGGCGAGAUUCUUGCGCUAUGACCGACCGAGGGCCAAUCAUUGUCCUGUUCGGCAUGACUUGAUUCAUUCAAUAAGCACUGUAUCAUGUUACCGUCGCUCUUUCUCAUUUUUCUUUCUUUUUUCAACUCGCAUCUAGCGAGUCUAUUCGCAUUUUUCCGUCCCUGUCUAACGUUUUUGAAUGAAAGCGUACAGGUCAUUUGAUACAAAUGAUUAUAGUAGACUGAAAGAAAUAUUACACCGUACAUAAAACAUUGAGCGGUCACUUAGAGGUGAAAAUUUAACCAUGAAACACUCAUAUCUUCUCGUCAUUUUGUAUUAUUUUAUUACACAAACAAGAAAGCAAGUCGCUUUUAAAACUGCAAAACUUCUUGUUGCUUUUCAGGACCCCUGUGAGGUGGUUAAAAUAUCGUCCUGAGAAGCCAAUGGGUGAGAUACUUGAAGAAGGCGAUAAAGACAAUGGAGAAAAGACAGAGGGUGGGGAGGGUGAGGAUAUCGCUGAGAAGACUUCAGGUGAAAAGAGAGAAGGGCUUAGUGAUGAUGGUGCCGCUGUUAAAGAGGUACUACAGAAUUCAUGUCCUAUAAUAACCAUAGUCCUUGAUCUGUGAAGAUUAGGUCCUAUAGAAAAAGGUAAACGCAAAAUGAAAUGCCACCAGAAUUCUUAUGGCAUUUUUUUGGUAGGUUAUUUUUUCCUACAGCCGUGACUGAAAAGCUCUGCAUGCAGGUCACCACAUGUGUGUGUAUCUUCUAACAUCGAUCUACUCUGUAGCUCCCCUCUCUUUGAUUUUAUAAAUUAGAUAAGUUGAUGUUAAAGUGACAUUAAAAUGACCACUGAAAAAUGUGUGAUGAGAGAAUUGUAUUUAGCAGUUAAAGUGCUUCAAUAACAGUGUUUGACAAAGAUAAGUAAAAGUACUGUAACUCCUAGAAAGUAGAGCAAAUAUUUUACGUAUUCACCAUUACAUGUACAGGCAUCUCAAUAACUUUUUCCCUAAACGGCUGCCAACGGUGUACAGCAAUAGGUCGCUAUGCUUGUACAGGAGCCGAAGGUGAAACCCAAACGCGAGAGCCAGUUUGCAGGCUAAACAGACGGCGGUAGGAGGUUUUAUAGGCAGCGUUAGACCGGCUUAUGAUGAAACUAUUGCAUUUAUCUUUGUGUGCAUGAUCACAGAUUCGUAUUUUUUUUCCGAUCUAUUCAUCAAGGACGAAAAGUCUAAGACUUCAACGCCAAGACUAGAAAACGAUGAACUCAAGCCAGAUCAAGAAAGCAAAGAGAGCCGUGAAAGCCUUCGAGACCGUCCAAGUACCAAGGAUUCUUCUAAAUCAAAAGAGAGAGAAAAAUCAGCAAAGAGUGACAAAGGAGAGAAAGAUAAGUUGCUUAAAAGUCCUGACAAGAGUGAUAAAAGUAGAAGUGGUAGCAAACUGAGUGUUGUGGACAAACCAGAGAGAACCAAGUCGGGUGGUCUGUCACCCAAGGCAAGUCGAAGAAUGUCAAGGAUGGAAAAACCCGGAGAUUUGAUCAAAAGUAAGUGCUUUUUGUUACUUUGUUUGUUUGGUUUUGUUUUUGGUUGUUAUUUUCGUCUUUUUCUCCCACAACACAGUUUAUUUUUCAAGUUACUUACAUAUGAAAAUUAAAAACUGAAGAUAAGUACACUUGUACUUUCUCAUCUAGUUACGACUAAUUUUUGCUUUUAAUUAAUAAUAAUAUGUAUCAAUACAACAUAACACCAACACAUUCAUAAUUACUCAGUCUACGUUACUUACUGACUGACCUAUUUACUUUCAGUUGUAUAUUCCGUUUUAAUCUAUUUGUACUUCUGAUCCAGAGUUCAGCAUGCUGAAAUGAUCACUUUUAAACGUAUUUUAACGUUUGUUUAUACAGUCAUAUAAUGUCAAUGGCUUACCUUUUAGCGCCGCCUGAGACGAGACGAAUGUCACGAGUGGAAAAAGGAGUGAAGAUCGAACUAGAAAGAGACUCGUCGCACAAAGUAGAGGCCAUUCGCGUAGAUGAACUGCCCGUGCUUGAUUUGCCUGGUUCUGUUGCUGAGGGAGACAAAGUGCCUGCUGAUGGCACUGAUGGAGAAACAACUGAUGACAAAACUGAAGGAGAUAAGACAGAGGAUGGCGACAAGGUUAAAGAGAACAACAACAAAGACAGGAAAAUCUGGAUGGAGUACGCCGAUUUUUGCAAAUGUUUUAGGUAGGUAAAUCUUACAAGGCAUGGCAUGUGUUGAUGGCACUCUUUCAAUCCACUGGUAAUAACUAAUUACGGCAAUUUUCAAUAGAGUGUCGAAGGUAAUCUGUGAUUGCUUUGAUUUUACUUCGUUUGCUCUGUGAUUGGUCCAAAAAACUCAUGGUAUAUUUUCAACCAAUCAGAUGCAAAACUAAAAACCAACCACGACUCGGUCAUUCGCGUUUUCCCGCGCCUCAAGUAGUUUGCUUUUUUUUCACUUUGACUUCUAAUUGGCCAAUGAUGAUGUAUGCCUUAAUUCUGAUUGGUCACCAGGAUGACUUUGGUUUUGGUUUUUCGACGCUGAAUUGAAAAAGCACUCUAUCGCCUUAGUUCAUGUGACUUGAAGACGAAGAAAUAUGCCCUUUCCUGUAUAUUUAUCAAUUGUGUUUUUUUUUUAAUUAUUUUUUACUUUUUGCAGGCAUUUGUACAUAUUUCACAAACCUAACACGUACAAUUAUUGCAAAGGAAAUUCUGAAUUAAAGGUGAGGAAUAGUUCUUAGCGUGGUUUGUAGUAUUUCCUACUGAUACAAUGAUAUAUACACAGUUGCGACCGUCAGGCCUUUUUUUUUUCCUUUCUUCUCUCCUUCCUUCCUUUUUCUCUGUCUGUUUUCUUUACAAUGAAUUUCCAUGGAUCAGUAUGUCAACGGAUGUCUACAACUGCAAUUUUUAUCAAUAUAUGUGAUUACUCAGUGAUUCCUUCGUUCCUAAUCUACUCUCCUCCUGAUUCAAUCAUGUUAAAGGACUGAGUUUACUCCUCGGUUCUAAUCCGUACACUAUUUAACUAUUUCCGCCCCAACAGCAGUAUGCAUAUUCUCCAUACUGUUCUCUGUACAUUUCCUGAGGUGUUGACAAGGAGAAUUUGUUCAAUAAUCAAAAGCUUCUUUAGUUGGUGAUCAUUUUAUUUAUUCUCAUGACCCUAAUGUUCGAUUCAUGGGUGAUAUUAUGAGGAGAAAUUAGAUGCCACUCACUCUUGAAUGUCAGUGAGUUAAAAGAGUCCCCCACUGUGAUAAAAAGAAAGCCUUUACCUUCAGGACUUACCUUGCUGCAGUACCAUUUGAUCUUUCCAUUUUCUUUCUACUUCUUUCAACGUAACUUUAGGAUAGGUUAUUUGAUUAUCAGGGCGAAGUCAAAAUUUAAAAAAAAAUAGCUGUCAUUUAAAUCAGGAUUACUCAGCGUCUGACUAACAAUAUCCCAAAGAUAACCUUUAACUUUUUUAACAUAUGAAACAUUUAAAGUCUCUAACAAUAUGCUUGUUUCUUUCUCUCACAAUGAUAAGUGUUCAUCUCUAAACCAAUCUUUAAUCUCAGAAGUGGAAAUAACUUACUCAAGCCCUUUAGAGGUACAUGUAUCUUCUAUUGCUUUGCUCAUGUCUUUUCUGCUUGUCGCCGUUUUCAACUGGGAUUUCUUACUGAUCUUUUAAAAGCAAAAUGAUCUUUUUCACCUCUAUAUCUCUUUUAUCGUUCUCUAUAUCGUUCUUUUUCAACAUGGUGAUUCCCCUCUGCUUGUCACCAAACUGGCUUUCACUGUGUCAUUGUACUUUACAUUUCUGGUGCUAUGUUUGUCUGAAGCUGCACCUGAAAACUUUCAAACCGAAUCCUUUUAAAUUGACAUUACAUUUGAACUCCUUAUUCUGCUGUAGCUGUGGUCUUUAAAUACAAAUCCAUCUUUUGAUUGCCUUUGAUUAUGGCAGCUGCCUACUUCUCCCUUGUUGCCAAAUGUUUGUUCAGUUUGGCUGUUGGUGACCGAGUAAUUUUGAAAUGCUUCCCUAAAACUAAUACAACAUAUGCACUUAUCUUCAGUUCUGUUUUUGUUGUUGUUAUGACGGUGUUUCUUAUUUCAAACGUGGUGUAUCGGUUAUUAAAGUGAGGUUAUCGUGCUUAGUGUUGAUACCGUAACUGUUUUACCCUCAUUUAGUGUCCUGUUUGUCUCUAUAACCCAUCAGCAUGUUGAGCUACUCUUUCCCCGACGAUCAUCACACGCCUAGCAUUGUAGAUAGUGUCAAAGAGUUAAACUAAAGAAAAUAGAUACAAGUAAAACAUACUAAUUGAUACAUACUAAUGCAUGAAUUAUUGUCAGAGCUGGGUUUUCAUUCCUAUUAAUGUUCAUCAUCAUCACCAACAUCAUCACAAUUCCGGGACAUCUGAAAGGAAGAUGUCCUCUGUUAUGGGACGUAGGCUUAAAAGACAAGAAAGUGAAAUGUCGUUGCUAUCUGUGAGUUUUUCAUCAACAAGAAAAUUAUCACAAAUUCACCUCAAUCCUUCUCGUCCACCUAAUUUCAUUUAAUUUUUCCACCAAGCACUGUUAGAUUGCUUCGUUCUGCACGUGUAACCACGCUCAUUAUAAUAUUUCUAACUCCGUCUUAACAUUUUGGACAAAGAGGAUCAUUAAAGGUUUCACAAUUACUCCACUUUUCUAAUAUGAGCAAGACGUGUUGUCUCAAUGGCCACCUAACACGCAAGAUUCUGGUUCAAAAGAGCUGAGGGUUCAAGCCCUGGCUGCAAUUAGGUCGUGGGCGAGGCAUUUUGCGUUUUCUUGAACCGGGAAGUUUGACGUCUUUGCAAAAUUUGACUAUUGCCCUUACGCUUUCCAUGUUUCCCUCAAACCUUCGCACUGGGAACCAACAAAAUCCUGUACACACCUCCUUGUGAAGCUUAUCUCUGUAAACUAUUUUCAUUUCUGGCCUAAAUCUUGUUAACUUCCAGAAUGUUGCAAUGACCAGUCAUGUUAGUAAAAAGUCAGGCCUGAUACCAGCCUCGUCAGUCACAGCAACUACGCCUGCACCUGGGAAGGCCACAGGGCUCAGUCCGUCACCAUAUCACGGUUCGUUUGGGGGACUAAGUCAAAAUCAAGACCCACCCCCACCGUUCCUGUUUGUUGACAGUCUGAAACCCAUCGAAAUUGUGGUAAACUUCACUGCGUUCUCUAGGUGGCUUGAUCCACCACAGCCUGUUAUCAGAGAAAGAGAUAAGGAAAAGGAAAAGGAAAAGGAUUCUAAUAGCGUAGUAACAGGUGAGAACUGAACAGUAGAGCUUUGUGUUUCAUUGUCAUCCAAUCUACACUUAUAUGUAAAUGUAGUUAGCAAGUUGUCGCCUAUUUACGUCAACCAAGUAUUUUACAGUAAGCUGACGUAGGUUCUUUGGAUUCAGGGCUUCUAUUGUGUUACAGCAACAUUUAAACUAAUAUCAUCGUGUAGAAGUUAUUUCGACGUGUAGAUGCGCCAUUCAGUAACGUAAAGGAGGGUGAAAGCCAAACCUUCUGUGAAUCAUAGUAAUGGUCAUUUAACAGCAGAAACAUACAAAAUGGAACGAAAGCCGCUUAUCACAAACAUCUGAACGUGACUCUUUUAAACUUGCCUGAAACAACCCAAAUGUUCCCCGAAAAAUCCAUUAUUGGCAGCAGCGUAAAACCUAUUUGUGAUGAUUCUUCGUUCAUAUGUUACUGAAAAGUACUCCAAUUUUUUGGUGAACAGUUUUUUUUCCGAGGUAUGACAAAGGUUCUUAAUCCAAAUAUUGUGAAAUAGGAUUGAUAGUCAUUUUAAGCUGUGAGCGUGGGAACUUACCUGCGUGGUGUAAACCAAUGUUUCUGUGUUACCAAGUCGAUUGUUUCUGUUCUCUGUUUUUAGCAGAUCCAAGGGAAGCAGCUCAGGUUGAGGAGAAACCUGUACCACCCACCCCAGGCUUACUCGUUGCGGAACCGUACUCUUGGAAGAGCCUGGUGACGGGUCAGCCAAUUCUACGCAUUCGCACUUCAGGCACCAAGGCAGCCGUCCUUGUUCUACCGCCAGGGUAGGUUGGAAUGAAAUUGGCGGAGCUUGCGUAUAUUGAAUCAAAGAAGAUUUCAACCUUUUCGGUCUCUCUCGCUAGCUCAGCUUUCCCCUGUGAUGCAAUAGGUCUGGAAUCUUCAGCAAAAGGUUUUUAUGAUUACAAUCUAUUGUACAGAGAUCCUUGCUGGGUUUUCCUUUUUUUUUUCAGGGGGGAGGGGGAAAGGGGGGAAUUUGCACGUGGAAUUCAAAACCGAUUAACCAAACACAGGGACUCUGUACAGAUAUCUUAUAAUCUCAUAGGAGCGGGAUUUUAGUUAUUAGUUUCGCUCUUCUCUAGGAAUUUAUGGAAAAUUAGAGCAAGAGGAAAAGGUUUCGAAGCCGCAAAUGAAAUAACAAGAAACACAACUUCUUAUUACGUUUCUCUCACGUUCUAUCUUUGUAGGCGUCACGUGUUAAGAUUUCUUGUCCAAGCCCCUCACGGUUAUCACGUGGAAAUGGCUUCACAGACUCCAUUUGUUUAUGGCGACGAAGACACAGUAAUGACUUGUCUCACAAAGGUACGUGUACAGAACUAAUCAAUGUCUUACACGUGUCCAUCAGACCUACGUUUGUAGCACAUCCAGAGCAAGAUAUUAUGAACGAUAUUAUACUCUCUUGUCUAGAGUUAAAUCUCGACUUGGAAAUUAAGUGUGGAACUAGGAGUGAGAAGAUGUUUAUACCUUAAGGUUGACAACCUCGUUAAUGAUGUUCUUAUUUUGUUAUUAAAGGAAGAAGAAAAAUUCGUUUCUUUAAACGUUAUUAGAUACGCUUUAUAGUAUGACUGUUUUUGCAAUUAGCCGGGGAAACGUGGCUGACAAGUGGUGACACACCUCAUGUUUUUUUUCUGCUAGGAAAGUUGUCGUUUCCUGGAGCACGCCAUGAAUGUGUUUCACUCAGUUAGCAGCCUUGUUGGAUCAUUCGCUGAUCCUCCUGCUGACAGGAAGUUUGACUUGGAUCUUGGACUUAAGGAUCAGACGAAAGACAUUCAAGAUAGGCAUUACAAGGUACGGUGAGGUUAUUGAUUGCACAUUUAAUACUUCAUUUUGGAAUACGUCCGUGCGGGAUACGCUGGGAUACAAUGUUUCUGUCAAAAGCUUUAUGAUGCGUUACGAUAGAAACGAAAUGACGGGAUGUGGAAUGAACUUGCGAGGUGCUUCCUAGUCUCCGUUGAGCCACACACCUAGUAAUUGCAUGUCUUUCUCAGCCAUUGAGUUUUUGGUUUCAAAACACGCAUUAUUCACCCGCCGGAGAGUGGAGAAUGUUCAUCAGAACGAGAUAGCGAACCAAUCACAUUGCUUGAAUCUUUAAGAUCGUGGAGUGUGCAUACACUAAAUUUACUGAUUUAUUCAUUUUGUAUUCACCGACAUGUACAUGUUUUCAUCAGGUUUUUAUGAGGUGUCUUCUGAAGAGUGUCAGAUUCCAUCUCGCCGAUUCUUACGAUUUACCGAUGCACUUUGCCUGGAAAGCUUUUCAGUUCCAAGCCUCUCUCUGCUUGCAUCAGCGAGUCGGCCACAGGCCCUUGUCAGCAGCGGAGAUCACGAGGAUCGGUUCAAUGACAAAGAAGCGGGCCGUUAAGAGUGCUGGUGCAGUACCUCCCACUUGGGUAGAUCGCACAUCAAACAGUGAAGAGGAAGGCGCUGCUACUAAGAUCCAGGCCGCUUUCAGGGGUUAUUUCCUUCGAAAACUGGCACGAGCAUACGUAAAAGGUUGGUGUGGUGCGCUUAAGUUUUAAACAAUGUACCAGAGAAAAACAGCGAUGAAGUGAUUGAGCCUUUGUAGUGUAAUGUGUGGCCACUAGUAAAGGUUAGGAUGAGAGAUUAUCAGUAAGGACGAGGACGAAUAUGAAACAGGCGAACGAGAAAAUUUUAGCCGAGUGCCUGUGCUGGAAAGCUACAAAGACAAGGUAAAAUCUGACGAUCCAUUCGCGGCGGGAAAAAACAAGUUCUGUGUGAGUAUGGGCAAGAAAGCAACUGAGUCCAUCUUCAAUAGUUCUACUUGGCAACUUGAACUUUUUGAAGCCCACUCCGACAGUUGGUAAACCUGGUAAAGGUUCAUGCACUCAGAGUCAAUUGACGAAUAAGCAAUCUUUCGGAUAACGGAGAAAGCUACCCACACUAUUUCCUAUUCUCCUCAAUUGUUUAAAUUGUUUUGUAUGGUUACUCACACAUCUUAAUCGUUGCUAAUGGAUCAUGACUGAUGGUCGAACUCCCCAAAAAAUUAUUUCUGUAGAGAUGUUUCGUAACAAUUCUUACCUUUGAGCUAGGAUGCAUCACUUCGUCAUCUCUCGAGAUUACUAAUUUUCCAAAUUUUUCUCACAGGUACCGACGAGCACCAGAAAGUAUGGGAGCUUCUGUCCAAAGCAUGGGGUGUUAUCGAACCUAACUUGGAGAGCUUUGCCAUUCAGAUCUUCAGGUUCAUGUUCAAACGGGAUUCAGAACUGUUCCCUUUGUUUCCUUUCUUCAAAGAUGAGUGGAGUCGCGUGGCGUACUCUGACUACAACGGGGGGUAUCCUGAGCAGCCUCCCCAGUCUUGGUUUGUGGUUUUUAGGUAAGAAAAAAGGCCUUGCUUUUUAUUUCGGUUUUUUUUGUGACUUUAUAUCAGGGUAGAGAAUCUCCAAAAUUAUAAGAAACCAAAAUUAUGCGAGGAUGGCUGAGGAUUGAGAAGAUUGGAAUGGACCGGAAACGUUGCGGGAAUUUCUUUCGGAAAGGGCACUUAGUGCAAAAGGACGUUACUCGAAGGAAAAUUUCCAAAUUUCUCCGAGUGAAAUUGCUUCUUAAUUUUAUUAUCAGUGCCGUAGUUGCCUUUUGUACGUGUGACAACCUAAAUUUCGUCAGUCAAGAUCGCAUCUAGACACAUCUGCCACAAUCGCAUAAAUUUUCCAAAUAAUACAAUUGGAAAAUUCAUUGAGAUAAGAUAGGCGAAUAUUUUGUGGGAAUAUUUGGACGUAAUUAGUAUUUUUUUUGUGGAAUUUUUUUUUAGGGAAGUGUUCUUCGUUGAUGAACCAGUGCUCAUGGUCCCUAAACUGUACGUUACCUUACCGACAUGUUUGUUGCGGGUUGUAGACAAUGACUCGGGGGAAGAACUGACCAGGGUCUUUCAGAAAGUUGCACCCAAUAACCUAAAGAAGAAUAAGGUAACUUAAUCUGUCAACUAUUUUAUACAGAGAGAGAGAGAGAGUAGCCUAGCUCCCCAAAGAGAGUUUUUAGCUCAGUGGAAGAGCGUCCGAGAUCGGAAUCUGAAGCUCUCGGGUUCGACUCUUCAUGGGGGCUCAAAAUUUUCUCUUUGUCCCACGCUCUCGAGAAGACGGAAAAAACAUCUCUCUGUAACGUGGUGAUUGUUUGUGAUGCCUGUAGAGACAAGAGGCGCUCCCGGUGUUACUGAUCGACCCGACAUCGCUGCUUACUUGAUGCUUAUUUAGUGUUUUCAAUGGUGGUCAAUGUUACCUUUUGAUGUCAUUGAUUUUCCUUUGUUUCAUCAGCGUGGUUACACGUUUGUGGCUGAAGCAAGAACGCCAAACGCUAUUCUCCCGGCGGGAAAGUUUCGUUUGCGCGUGAUCGGUUCCACAGAACCCUUACCCUACCCUGGACGAGAGGGAGUGAACAGUCACUUUGUCACCAAGGAGAUUAGAGAUUAUUAUAUUCCAAACAAAUACAACAUCAUUUUCAGGUUAGAUGGUAGAUGAAAUUCUUCAGUCAGUACCUGACUUACUUUGAAGAUAAACUGUGUUUUGACUCUUAACCCUGUACUACAUCCUAACACCAGUAUGCACAUUCUCCACACUGUUCUUUAUACAUUUCCUAACAUGCUUUCCAUUUCCUAAGGUGCUAAGUAAUUUUCUGUACACUGCGCUAGGUACACAAUCAAGGUACAGGAGGAUCACAUGGCCAGCUUGCAGCUAGGGACGUCUAAACCAGACGUGUACAUCAAGCUACAGGUAAAAUGACGAGGAAUCAUUCCCCUUCCCUGGAAAAGACAGCAGAACGCUGGGCCCUAUGCCAGUAUCUGAGCAACUGCGCACCUACCCCUCCCUUAACCACACAACAGUUAACUUAUAACAAAUUAGGGUCAAUGGUGGGUUAGGGGAGGGGUAGGUGCGUUGUUGUUCAGAAACUAGCGUUGAUCCGAAUGUUCCAUGACUUAUUUUUUUCAUUUGUCCACCAGGCGGGUUACAAACGCUUUCAUUUACUUUUUUUUUUUUUUUUUUUUUGUAAAGAUUUUGGAUCAUGAACAGGAGGUAUGUAGCACGACCGGAAAGAGUCACGCAGUCAUCCCUGCUUUUACUUUUUACCGCGACCGUACAGGCGAUGAAGAUGAAAAACAAAAACGAGGUAAGAAAGUAAAUAUUGUUGUUUAUUACACCGCUGGCAGCGCCCGUGGGCAAUAUGAAGCGAAUCCUAAGUGUUGAUUGGCUAAGCGAGCGGGUAAGAUGGGCUUACCUGCCAGUACGGGAUUGCCCCCUUUGAUCCCGGACAUGAAAAUAUUGAAUUAAUACUAAGUUGGCUAUUCUUGGACAAUGUCAGCGAUGGAGACGCAAAAAGCGGCAGAAGACAGUCCAAAAAAAAGAAAACAAAAACGACUCGUGUGAAUUUAUUGUGGUACAAAGAUAGUUGGCUUUCUUUUCCGGCUCUAGAAAUAAACAAGUCAUUUUUAAUUCUUAAUAAAGCGAAAUCCUUUUGAAAUAAUAAUACCUUUACUGACCAAGCGUGAGGUCCAGAUGUCAGGAUAUUAGCCUUUUUUUCCGGUCAAUAUCUAGCCAUCUUACCUUCACGCUUGGUCAAUAACACGUAAAUAUUGCUUAAAAUUGUUUCUUCUUAAACCAGUCGUUCUUUUGCAAUCUACACCUAGAUGUACUUUUUCCCAGAUAGCGGCCACUCCGACUGGAAUGUUCGCAUCUUAGAUCUGAACCAGUUAGAACGAGACCACGAUGUUAAUAAGCUUAUUUGUUGGUUUUUCCAGGUUCGCGCCCUCCUACCUCGUCCCACCCCCGCUCGGCCAAGAGACCUCCAUCAGGAAGCCGCAAAGCAGCGGCUUCUCCCAUGCAAGGGAAGGGGGGUAAGAAGAGCGGAAAGGAGUCCAGUAACUCCUCACGGCCUGGAUCAUCGGUGAGUGACCUGGCGCCCAAAUUCGUGCAGAUAUUUCAGCUGAUAUGUGACGUUCUAUAGAAUCUUUUUAAUGUUGAAUUCUCGAACAUACCGUGAGUACUGGCAGUUCUUGUUGUUGCAUCGAAUAAGAUAAACAAAAAGCAAAACCAGAUUCUUACAACAACAUCUCUACACAACUUCUAACAACAAUUCUGUGACGACGACGAACGCCUCGGAGUCAGGGACAGAUGAUGCUGUCGUAAGUUUAUUUCCAGCGGCUGUGAACGUGAACUUAAUUUGAACACUUUUCUUUUCCUUUCAGCAGAAAGGCUCUCGUCCUCUCCUUUGCGACGACUCCGAAGACAAAGAAGACGAAGACACCGAAGAUACGGAGCCUGAAAUCAAGGUUCGUGGUUUAAGUACAUUUAUCAAAGGUCGCCAGUUACCUCCAUCUUCAAGAUACAAACUAUCCUUACCACGCGAUGACUUGCGUUUGUCUUGUAAUCUGUGUUGUCCACAGAACAUUAAACCACUCCAACGAUGGCUUUAUCAAAGAUAAAAUAUCACUUUAGGUCACUAAACAAAUUCGACUCCCAUUUUUUGGUCUGAAGCUAUGGUGCCAAUUCACUUUUUCUCCCCAUAUGCGUAUCACAAACAGUUAGCUGCGUUGCCGCAAAGCAAAAGCACAUAGGGCUUAUUCCUUUUACUUUUGUUUCAGAUACACAAGUAUAUAAUUCAAGCCCAGGUCUUACGCGACAGUUGGCCUUUGUCCAAGAGUGCUUGGGAUUUUGUUGCCUUGAUCAAGAGCCUUGACAGACUAGACGUAGAAGGUAUUUCUGCGUUUUUGGGUUUUAAACCGUUUUGCCUUCGGGUAUAGUUAUUUCGUCGUACUUGAUAUCUAGUUCAGGCAACCCAAGCAAUGAGGAGUAGUAAAGCUUUUUUUCAAUGCAUUUUAUUACUAUAUUUAGUACCUGCGGAAAGCGCCCCUCGCGGAGAUAAACUGUCUGCAAGUGUGUCCAAAGGCAAGAAAAACAAGGAAGGAAAAGAAAGUCGGUCAAGUAAGGGACAAGCUGGAUCAAGACCAUCAUCACAGGUAAAUUGGAAAGGUGUAUUAGGAAAAGCUCACAUUUUACGAUUUAGAGACACCCAUCCCUGAAUAAAGAACGUUUGUGAAGAUAAAUAGAUGUGGUCAAUAGAUCGUAACUUUGAGCGUUUGUUUGUUUGUUUAUUAAUUUCUCAGAGUAAUUCAUUAACUUCUAUUUUUUUUUUACAGCAACAAUUCGAUUCUAGCAAACCAAACUGGACACUCAGAAUCGUUUCUGAUGCGAGUGCUGUAAGUUUUACGUGGUUUUGUCUCCGUUUGUUUAUUUGCAUCAGUGUUUAUAAUCAAAAGUAUGGUGCACUGAUUAAGGUUAUUGUUAUAUUAUAAACUGGAAUUGAUGUGUUUGCUGCUUUGUUGUGUACAGGAAGAGAUUGAGGUCAAGAAGGACACAGAAAGGCAAGAUGAAAUAAAGGCCAUGAAGCUAGCUUGGGAAGCCGCUGAACCGGGCAGAGCGGCGAAGGUAGUGCACGCAUCACUCAAGAAAAAGUUCGAAAUAUCAGUUACAACACUCAGAAUGUUUUCAAGGUCUAUGAUGAUUUUUUAAGAAUAUUUUCUGUUACUUCCUAAGGCCCAACAAAGCCGUCAAAAGUUUUUGAACGAACACAUGGUUAAGGUGGAAAAAGACGCAAUCGAGGAAGAAAAUGGCGACGAGGAACAACAAGAAGAGAAAGAUGUUACUGCUUCUAGUGAAAUACGUGAGUUCACUGUGUAUAUUUGAGCAAUAGACCGCGCUAUCUUUCGGUUUACUGGCGCUAUACUCAACGCAGGAUCGGUUGGGAAAAGACGAGAAACGUUUGUAAAUCAGGCGAGUGAUUUACAAAGUUUCCUCUUGCUCUACCAACGUUCCAACGUGGGUUAUUACACUGGGAAACCAAUAGAAUGUGCUGUCUAUUGCUUUUAUGAAAUGAACUUCUAUGAGUUUACUGGUGCAAUAAAUUAUAGACUUUUGACCAAUCAGGGAGUUCGUAGUAUGUCAGUUAUUUUCUAACGAGACUUUUAACCAAUCAGGGCGCUAGUUGUGUGUCAGUUAUUUUACAACGAGAUUUAAUGGCUCAAAGAGUACUACCACCCAUGACAGCUCCUCAGUUUCCCGUUUCUCGUCUCAUUUCAGUGACAGUGACGUCACCAGUGCAGUCUGAGUCUGAUCAAGGAGAAUUGACCUUAGUACCACCCCCUAAGGAGCCGGAUCAUAUUCUCCAACCGCUUUCUGAACCUAAGACCAUCAGGUAAGAUCUGUAGUGUUUUGUUUCCUCGAGUUUAUUCUAUUAUUAUGAAAUAGUGGAUGUUACUUUGUUUUGUUUCAUUUUUCUCCACUCUACAUCGGGCCAGAAGAAAACACCACAAGUCAUAUUGUAGCUUAACCCGCUCGUUUUCUUUUCCAGGUCACGAGGCGGGGUUCCCGUGUUGUUAGACGAGGAAGAAAUAGAAAGAAGGCUGCUGGAAAGAAAAGAAACACUGCAAGCUUUUAAAACUCAGCGUAAAGAAGUUGAAAACAGGAGAGAACAGGAUAGACUGGACAGGAACACUACUAAAGAGAGACAGUUACAGGAAGCUGAAGAACUACAGGUACAAUCUGAAUUCUUUUAAAAUUAUUUUUUCAUUUUACGUGCUUUAUACUUGUUCGCUGCCUCAACCAUUUCCUUUUUCCAUUCAGCCUCUUUAUUCUCUUUCUUUGUGUCAGGUAACCUGUAAUUCUUCCCAUCUUUUCCUUUUACCCAGUGUCCUUCCUUAUUCAUCAUUUAUUCCCCUUCCCACUAACUCCCUCUCUCCUGCCUCUAUAUCUGUCCUCUCUUCCUUUCCCAUCUUAUUCCUUUCUAUCUGUUUUUCAUCUCUCUCGCUCCUUUCGUUCGCUCCUUCGCCCCAGCCUCCCUCCAUCUCACCUCCGUCUCUUUCUCCGGCCCUACCGUUUUUAUUUAUUUUGUUUUCAUUGUCUCCCUUUCUCCCCUUCCCGUCAAUCCCUCAUCCGUUUGCUCCUUUAUUUCACUAGGCCGCUACUGACAAAUGGCGGGGCGAGGUGAACCAGAGACGGGAAGCGUACAGACAGAAAUUCCUAGAGGCAGAGAAACAAAAAGAGGAAGCACAGGCGGCUGAAGCUGCGAAAGAAAGAGAACGAUCUCCGUCACCGAGCAAGAGUCGAAAGAGUGCUUCUACUGCUAAAGGUGGAAGGAAAACUCCCGCCAAAGGAAAGAAAAAAUAAGCAUUGCUGCUUGGUAGGGAAAUUAAAUAUCUCUACGUCACAAUAUUUAUUUCCUGUUCCAAGACCGUUGAAAACGUUUUCAUCAAACCGCUCGUCUUAGCGCCUUUUGAAACGUGCUGUGUUGAAUUCCCAAAUUAUUACUUGUCCUAUUUCUUUUCUCCCAUUCGUGCGUUUCCAUUUUGAAAUGUUAUAUUUAUUGGAAUUGUAGAGUACAGUGUGAAAAAUAUUUUUGUACAUAAGCAAGUUUUGUGUACAGGUGCUUUCUCGUGUAAAUAAUAAAAAUAUUAAGAACUAGUAACGAAAUAAAAUAG